AUGCCGUGGAGAACCGCACUAAAAGUAGCACUCGCUGCUGGAGAAGCAGUCACCAAGGCGCUCACCAGAGCCGUUAGAGAUGAGAUUCGACAGACGCAACAAGCCGCCGCUCGUCAUGCAGCCGCCACUGGUCAAUCGCCGAGUGAGACGAAGGAGAAUGCCAAUGCCAAUGCCAAGUUGGGAAUCUCUUUGGAGGAAUCCCUUCAAAUUCUGAAUGUAAAGACGCCGUUGAAUCGAGAAGACGUCGAGAAGCACUACGAACACCUGUUUGCAAUCAACGAUAAAGCCAAAGGAGGCACUUUUUAUUUGCAAAGCAAGGUCUAUCGUGCCAAAGAACGAAUAGACGAGGAGCUGAGCCGACUGGAGCAGAAAUCCGAGGAAAAUAAAGAGCAGCAGAAGGAAAAUUCGAAGGAAUAA